AUGAAUAAUAAAAUUUUAAAUACUAUAGCAAAUGCAAUAGAUAAUAAAGAGGAUGUAAAGAAACGAAUAGAUACUGGUAAAAUAGUACUUCGUGAACUACAAUCAUGUGUCGAAAAUUGUCAAAAUAGAUUUGGAGGAAAAUCUGAAUUGGCGACAGAAGAUGAUAUAAGAAUAGUACAUUUAUGUGAAAAAUGGGAAAAGCUUCUCAGCCAUGGACUCAAGACAAAUCUUUCAAAUUCAACUAUACAAAACUUUGUUUCAGCUGGACUUAAUUUCACUUUCAAUAUAAUCAAUGUUGGUAAUUCGUUAUGGAGUUAUACUUGUCUUCAUCUUACAAAACAUGAAAAAGAAAGAUUUAAAAUUUUGUCCAAUAUCAACACUCCAUUGGGUUACUUCAGAGCUUUUUUAAGAGCUUCUUUAAAUGAAAGAUCCUUAGAGAGAUAUUUGCAAAGCUGGAUUAGUCAUGGACUUGCUAUAGAAUACUAUGAUGAAGGUGCAUUUAUUCGGAGUCCAGAAGCAAAUUUACUUCCUAGCAUGGCUUCAGGCUUAUCAACUGUUUUGUUUGCAUUAUCAAUUGACAGAGCAGAACUAAAUGAAUCACAACAAAUGAACAAUAUUAAUAAAGCUGAGCUUGUUAUACCAUUGCCCACUCCAAUUAGAACAUCUGGCAAUUCUAAAAAAAAGCCACUAAGACAAGUUAUAUCCUUUGAUAAAAAAGAAGAACUAAAUGAGAAGAAACAAAGGAAAUAUGAACAAACAAUAGAAAGUUCCAAUGAAUCUUUUUGUAACAGUGCACCUGCUACUUGCCUUAAUUCUCCAGAUCCUAAAACAACCCCGAAAACUGUUUCCACUAGUGAACCAACAAGCUCAGAUUACAAAAGUGGUAUAAGGCAUUUCUUUCCAGACAGUGUUAAAGCUAUAGAGAAUCCUUUGCAAAUACUGUCAAAAUUAUCUGAAAGUGCCAAAGAAAUAUUCUAUAGUUCUCAAAAUAGCAUAGAUAAAAAUAAUAUUACUAAAGAUGACAUGUCAGAUUUGAGUGUCAAUUGUUUAAAAAUAUCUGAGAGUGAUAGUGAAGAGGUUGCAGGAAGUAUAGAUGGAAGUACAUCAUGUUUGGAGCUGUGUUUUACUGAGGAUGAGACUGCUCCUGAUGAUAAAAGUAUUAAUUCCGUUUUAGAAAAUAGAGAAAAAGAGUUUAUAAAUUUACAACUAAGGUACAAUCAGAUUGAAGCAAUAAGUAAAGAGAAAAUUUAUAAGUUAGAGAAACUUGUUUUAGAUUUAAGCAAAGAAAAUGAUAGACUAAAAGAACAAUUAAGAAACUAUAUGUCAGCAGUAGAAAUGGGUAAAAAUUUAAAAAAUAGUAAUAGCCAAGAUGAGGAGAUCAGUCAAUAUGAGAAGAAGUUAGUGCAGGUAGCUGAAAUGCAUGCAGAGCUUAUGGAAUUUAAUCAUCAUUUACAAAAGCGUCUGCAAGAUUUAGAGAGUUCAGGGUUAGAGAUUCUGGAUUUACCAGAAUCAAAUGUAAAAGCUUACAUUCCAAGUGCUUUCCUGGUUGGAAAGAAAACACAGUCGUACCAUGUGUAUCAGAUAUUCCUUAAAAUUGGUCACGAGGAAUGGAAUGUCUACCAUAGAUACGCAAAGUUUUAUGAGCUACAUUCUCAGCUCAAAAAGUGUCAUCCUGAUAUUGCUAAUUAUAAAUUUCCGCCUAAAAAGACACUACGAAAACGAGACGCGCGCGUGGUGGAGCAGCGGCGCGUGGCGCUGCAGGCGUACCUGCGCCACGUGCUGCUGGCGCUGCCCGAGCUGCGAGACUGCACCAGCCGCGCUGCGCUCGUCACGUUGCUGCCCUUCUUCGGAACAUCAUCGACCACGAAUGAAAAUGGCUUUAAUCCAACACUAACGCGUCAACAAUCAAACGACUCCACGUCUACUUUCGAUGCACUU